CCGUCCAAUCAGAACACACGUUGUUAGAAGUGGCCCAUCGAAACAAAGAUGGCGGCCCGCUCGUAACGUACACCUCGCAAAGGUUGCCGUUAGUGUGAGAGAUUGUCGCGGGACUCGUGUGAACAUGCUGAGCCUGACGAUACGCGAGGUGUCUGCGGCCCUCCGGGAGGGAAGAAUCUCGCCCACGGAGCUCUGCAGGAAGUGUCUGAACCGCAUCAAGAAGACGCAGCAUCUCAACGCUUACAUCACCGUGACGGAGGAGCUGGCUCUGCAGGAGGCCCGAGAGGCAGAAGCCCGACUGCUGCAAGGUGCCCCCAAAGGUCCACUGGAUGGAAUCCCGUUUGCAGUCAAGGACAACUUCUGCACAGAAAAUAUCAAGACUACCUGUGCUUCCAGGAUGCUUAAAGACUACACUCCGCCCUACAAUGCUACGGUGGUCCAGAAGCUCUUUGACCAAGGCGCUGUCCUCGUGGGGAAGACCAACAUGGAUGAGUUUGCGAUGGGCGCGGGCAGCACCGACGGGGCUUUCGGCCCGGUGAGGAACCCCUGGAGCUACGCCGCUCCCUACAGAGAGCGGACCGGGGCGGCGCCCGACGCCGACUGGGCCGUUACUGGCGGAAGCUCCGGAGGAAGUGCGGCCGCUGUGGCUUCGCUCACCAGCUACCUGGCUUUGGGUUCGGACACGGGCGGUUCAACCCGUAACCCUGGGGCACUGUGUGGAGUUGUGGCCCUGAAGCCCACUUAUGGUCUGCUGUCCAGACAUGGUCUCAUCCCCCUGGUCAACUCCAUGGACGUCCCCGGCGUCAUGACUCGCAGCGUCGGCGACGCGGCCGUGGUCUUCGAUGUCCUCCGAGGACAAGAUAUGAAAGACUCAACAACAACUCCUGCUCCCUCGUCGCUGACCGAUCUACACCUUAAUGUCAAGAACAUCUGCGUCGGCAUCCCUAAGGAGUACCACGCCCCGGGUCUGUCUCAGGAGACUCUAGCACAGUGGAGUCUUGUUGCCGACAUGUUUGAGAGCGGGGCGCGGGUGGAGCAGGUGUCUCUCCCCCACACGCAGCACUCCAUUGUGUGCUACCACGUCCUGUGCCACGCGGAGGUGGCGUCGAACAUGGCGCGCUUUGACGGCCUAGAAUACGGCCAUCGCAGCGAGGUGGACAGCUCCACGGAAGCCAUGUACGCCUCCAGCCGCCACGAGGGCUUCAACGAUGUGGUGCGAGGGAGGAUACUGUCUGGGAACUACUUCCUGCUCAAACGGAACUACGAGCACUACUUUGUGAAGGCCCAGAGAGUGCGCCGCCUGAUCGCGGAGGAUUUUGAGCGCGUGUUCGGCUCCGGCGUCGACGUGCUGCUGACUCCCACCACGCUGGCCGACGCAGCCCGUUUCUCCGACUUCACCCAGGAAGACAACCGGACGCGCAGCGCGCAGGAAGACGUCUUCACCCAGCCUGUCAACAUGGCAGGACUGCCCGCCAUUUCCGUACCAACUGCUUUGUCAAGCCGGGGCCUUCCCAUUGGGUUACAGCUCAUAGGCCCCGCCUUCCAGGACAAGAAGCUGCUGUGCGUCGCCCGAUGGAUGGAGCAGAGGGUCGGCUUCCCCUCCAUCAGUGACUGGGGAGAGGAGGGUGGGAAUGGCGCAGGGACAGAACAGACUCCAGCUGUGUGAAGCGAGCGGUGGACACGAGGGGACCCACAUGUGGUGGACUCCCUGUGCUACCGCGGUGCACCUCCUCGCCUCGUUAUUGGCCUUCGCAGGACACGUUUGUAGCCAUCAGGCUCAUUUCUCCCUGAUGGAAUGAAAAUAAUUACAACAAUGAAGAGACUCCCUGAUCAACAACGUGCAUCAUACGUUCAGUAGAGACAUUGUUUAUUAACCGGUGACCUCCUGCUGUGUGUUGGUGCUAUUAAAAAUUAAAUGUGUAUAUAUAA